AUGGCAAUCUUCUUGCAAGAACCUUGGGCUCUUCGGACGCGGAGCGACGAUCACGUCUGCGCCACCACCUUCAACAUGGCACGCACGCUGACGGACGUCGACCAGGACAUCGUCAGCCUGGAGGACGAGGAAGGGGACGUCGAGAACGACACUCGAUGUCCCAUCUGUCUGCUGGCCCUGGACAUGCCGAUGCGCUUGCCAUGUUGCGGGCAUUUAUUUUGCUUCGACUGCAGUUGGGGCAAAAUAAAACGCUGCGCAAUGUGCCGGGCGUUCCUGCCGCUGGAUUUCUGGGCCACGCCGGAAGAUUUCCUCAGCUGUCCUGUGCCUGAGCCGGCGACCCAGUACAGCUGGAUCUUCAAAACCACAUCCGGCUGGUGGCGUUUCUCUUGGCGCCAGGAGCAGGCGAUUCGGCGGGCGUUGAGUGCAGGAAUCUGCAAGCUCAGUCUCACCAUCGCGGGCGAAGAGGCGACCUUGGAUUUUCGGUCGCUUUUAAUUAAGCAACAUCGCAAGGUUGGCGCACUUUCCAUUGCUCGCAACGGCACCUUUGAAGCUGUGGGGGUGGCCGGGCUCAAACUCUCGCCCGAAUAG